AGUAAUUCGGCGCGCGCAGAUUCUUACCCACAAUGCACCGCAGUCUUUGAGGGCGCCAUCUUUGUAACGCCGUUCUGGAAAUCAAACCCUGGUCAUUCGCGCUGUUACCCUGCCGUUUGUUUUUGUGAUUUUUUUAUGUUUGCCAGCCUUUUAUCAUAACAAUGGGGGUGAAGGUGCCACGUCCUCGCUGCUUCUUCGACAUCGGCAUCGGAAACACGCUCGUCGGCCGUGUGGUGUUCGAGCUGUUCUCCGACGCGUGUCCCAAGACGUGCGAGAACUUCCGCUGUCUCUGCACAGGUGAGAGGGGAAUCGGGAAGACCACGCAGAAACCGCUGCACUACAAGGGCUGUCUGAUCCACAGGAUCGUGAAGGAUUUCAUGAUCCAAGGAGGAGACUUUAGUGAAGGCAAUGGCCGAGGCGGUGAAUCCAUAUACGGAGGAUUCUUUGAAGAUGAGAGCUUCUCUAUGAAACAUAAUAAGGAGUUCCUGCUGUCUAUGGCGAACCGAGGCAAAGACACCAACGGCUCACAGUUCUUCAUAACUACAAAACCUACUCCUCAUCUGGAUGGGAUUCAUGUGGUGUUUGGUCAGGUGAUCUCGGGCCAGGAGGUGAUCCGGACCAUUGAGAGUCAGAAGACGGACACUAACAGCCGACCGUAUGCAGAGGUCAAGGUGAUGAACUGCGGGGAGCUCAUCCCCAAAUCCAAAGCCAAGAAGGAGAAGAAGAAGAAACAGCAGUCAUCCAGUGAGAGCAGCGAUGACUCCUCUUCCUCCUCUGAGAGUUCUGAUGAAUCCGAGGAUUCAGACAAGGAGGACAAGAAGCACAAGAAGAAACAUAAGAAGGAGCAGAAGAAAAAGAAGAAGGAGCAGAAACACAAGAAGAAAAAGGAGAAGGGAUCUGACGAUGAGGUAGAAGCCAAGGAGGAGGAGCCACAGCAGCCCGUUUCAUCCGUCCGUCCAGAGGAAGUACCGCCCGUCCCAGAGAACCGCUUCCUGAUGAGACGCAGUCCACAGCCUCAGCCUAAAGAGAAGGAGGAGCAGGGGAAGGACAAAAACAAGGAGAAUUCUGGGAAAGAGCGACCAAGAGAAAGGGAGAGGGACAGAGAGAGAGAGCGAGAGAGAGAGCGGGAGAGGCCCAUGAUGAACUCACGACCAAAUCGUACACGCUUGGUGAUGACCCGCUCCGGCCGGAGAAUUAAAGGAAGAGGCCCCAGGCGUUAUCGGACUCCAUCACGGUCUCGCUCUCGUUCCUGGGAUCGUUUCCGGCGUAGUGAGACUCCUCCACACUGGAGACUGGAGAUGCAGAGGACCCAGAAGGCCAAACCCAAUACACAGACCACACAGGAGCGCUGGAUCAAAGGAGACAAAGGGGAUGCGUCUCAGGACAAGACGGAGACCGCAGAGCAGCCAGAGAAAGAGAAAGCCGAUACUGAGCCCUCACGAGAGAGGAAGGACUCUGAGCGAGAGAAGAAAGGCUCGAAGAGGAACAAAUCAAGCAGCCCAGACAAAGGACGAGAGAGGAAGGGUGGCAGACACCGAUCCAGGAGCCAGGAGAGGGACAAACGGAAAAAAGCAGAUGGAGAGGCGGAUAAGAGAAAGGGGCGCAGUCGCAGCAAGGAGAAGAAAGCAGAGGAGGAUCAGAAACGCAGCAGAACCGAUGAUAAAAGUGGCCAGUCUAGCAGCAAGGACAGGAAAGACAAAGACGCAAGAAAGGACCGAGAGGACAGCAAGAGUAAGAGCAAGGAGCGACCUAAGCAGCCUGAGAGAGACACGAGGGACAAGCGGGAAGAGGCCAAAAAGACAAAGAAUGGAGAGACUCGACGUGAACGAUCACGAAGCCGAGAAAGAGAGCGCGACACCAAGAGACGCUCCAGGUCUCGCUCCAGGUCCCGGUCCAGAUCGAGAGGACGUGGUAGGCGAGAAAGGUCACGCAAUAGAGGACCGGGCAAGAGACGAAGCAGCAGCCGUGACAGGAAGUCAAGACGAUCAAGAAGCAGGGAUCAAAGAGACCGAGGCAGAGAGCACGCGAGAGGCAAAGAGGAUGGAGAGAAGAAGAAGAGCGAUGUUAAAUCUGACGACACGAAGAGCAGAGCGAGAGACCAGAGCUCUAAAGAACGGUCUAGUCAAAAGCGCCGGAGCAGAGAGAGAAGCGCCAAACGGAGACGCGCUAAAAGCAGCAGCAGUUCAGACAGCGACACGGACAAACGCAAAAAACGAGGGAAGAGCGAGAGCCCCAAAACCAGAGAGCGAGCAAAAGACAAAUCACGCAGCCCCAAGAAAGAUCACAAGAAUGAGAAAAAGGACUCGAGCUCCAGUGACAGUGACUGAUACUGCCCGCGAUCAUCUCCACAUCCUCUCAACACCUCAUCCAGUCUUAAGAACUACUGACCCACCGCUCCCAUGCGUCCAUUUUCAGUACGAGAAUGAGGUUAGAGCUCAGAGUGGAGGCUGAUAUCACACUCGUCCGUGACUGACUUCUUUUCUUCUUCUUCUUCUUUUAUUUUAUUUUAUUUUUUUCAACUUUGUCAAAUUUGGUUUUCUAAUCAUCUCAAAUGUAGAUAAGAGAUGUGUUUGAUUUCUGACAUUUGCUUCUUUUUCACUAAUAAGUAAUGAGAAAUCAGAAAUUUGAGCCAGGAAUUAAAAUCUCCAGUCGUAUGAUCUGCUUGUCUGAACUGAAUCAGCUUAAAAAAAAAAAGUGGUAAGUAAUUAAUUAAGUAAAAACAAUAUUACAAAAUUAAUAGAGACGCAAGCGUGUUAGUGAACUGUGUAUGCUAAUUAGCACAACUCGUGUGUAGUGCAGCAGGUGAUGGGCUUCAGCGUGAGUCGUUUGCAGCAUCGAGGUCCGUCUCACCACCGUGAAUAUUUUUUUCUCUGCUUGUUGGGAGAGAAGAAAAGAAACACUGCCAACUGUUAACCUACUGAGCCGAAGUGUCUCCUGGGUAACUGUGAAUAAAAACCUAAUUGCCAGGAUGCAAUCUUCAUACCAAGUGAUCCACCUGGGAUUACUCCAUCUAAUAUAUAUUAUAAAUGUGCUACUCCUGCUGUUCUACACGGUUAGUUGGUUAAUAAUGCCUUUGCACAGUCGAUAUGGUUAGAGGUGUGUUUAUGGUAAAGACUUGAAUUACUUGUUAGUUACAAAUUUCUCGUAGCUCCAGUGCAGAAGAAAAGAAGCAAACAUCAGACCCAAACACGUCCUGUCGAUUCAAAUACAUUCGGAACAUUGUGAACUUUUCAUUAAGAAUGGUAGCUGUGUUGAACAUUUCUCGGCUUUGGAUUUAAAUCAUCUCUGUGGUGUUUUAUCUCAAAAGGGUUGAUCUUGUCCCAAAUGAAUCCAAACUUCACUUGCAGGCUAAAAGGUGAGGGUCCUGUCCACUCGGCUUUAAGCACGAGCGGUAUUUGUGUUUGAGAUCUUGGUCUACAGAAUGAGUUGUGAUUUGUACCAGACGCAAAUGGCCCUUCAGCCACGUCAGCCUUUUGCAGGUAAAACCACAUCUCCCCAAAUUAGCCUUUUAAAAGAUUAGCCCUGUGCACGGACAGCCAAGAGGACACGAUUCAGAGACUGGUGUAAACUGAAGUAAACUGGUAGUUGUCUAUUUCCUCUUCUUCCCUCCAUGCUGUUUGCAGGAGCUGUAUUUCAAGCUGGAUCUAAUAGUUAGCAUAAAUUGGAUGAUCAUGCUUUUCCUGAGGUCCUACAUGGCCCAUGUUGCUGUUCUGCUCGGUGUUUAGUGAGAGGCAGGAUGGGAAUUUCGAAUUUUGGAGUUUUAUAUGGGGUUUUAUGUUUGUAAUAACGUCCACAUACAAGUGUCGGUUCUGUUUGAAAAUUAAACCCGAUUCUGAAAAUA